CAUUCUCCCAGUGGACGGCACAGUCCACGGCUUGGCGGCGAUUGCAGGUGGACCGUCCUCUUCUCGCCCGCCCGCUCGGCAGCGGCGAGGGAAAGUCAACGCGUGGAGAGCCGAGAGGAAGACCCACCGGGCGGGGGAACUGCAGACGGGAACGGGGAAGGCUUCGGACAGCGCAGAAAGAGAGAGCCACUUCUGCUAAGACGGACAAAAUUCCAUCUCUGAGUCUGUGAAGAUCCAGCUCCUCAUGGAGGCCAUCCCAGAAGAGGAUGAAAAUGCGAGCUUGCUGGGCAACGGGGAAGUGGCCGAGCCCGAAGUGUCAACCUGUUGGAUGGUGCGGCCUGACUAUAUGGAAUUCAAUGGGGAUUUGCUGGAGGAAAACAUGUAUGAGUUUCCUGGGAUCUCUAUGGUUGAGGAGGGGAGCCAUUCUGAAGCGGCAGUAGAAGCAGCGUCCUUUUGUGCCAAAGGCCCAGGCUGCGCGAGCAGCAUCCCAGACUCCUUUAACGACCAGAAAUCCACGGUUAGAGAGAAGCCUUACAAGUGCUCCUUCUGUGGGGAAAGUUUCAAGCAGCGUUCCUACCUGGUCAAACAUGAGAGGACCCACACGGGAGAAAAACCCUACCAGUGCUCUGUGUGUGGGAAAAGCUUCAGCCAGAGUUCCCACAUCAUCACGCACGAGAGGACUCACACGGGAGAGAAGCCUUACCAGUGCUCAGACUGCGGGAAGAGCUUCAAUCGCAAAGCCAACCUCCUGGCGCACGAGAGGACCCACACAGGGGAGAAGCCCUACGCCUGUUCUGAGUGCGGCAAGUGCUUCAGCCAGAGCUCAUGGCUGAUGGCUCACAAAAUCAUCCACACGGGGGAGAAACCGUUCAAGUGUUUGGUUUGUGGGAAGCGUUUCAAUAACCGUUCGAGUCUCAUCAAACACAAGAGGUCCCACUCGGAAGAGAAGCCCUACAUUUGCUCGGACUGCGGGAAGUCCUUCAAGGAGAGUUCUAAGCUUAUUAAACACCAAAGGAUUCACACGGGCGAGAAACCGUACAGGUGUCCGUUGUGCGGCAAAGGUUUCUGCUUCAAGUCCAGCCUCAGCCAACACGAGCGAACGCACACGGGAGAGAAGCCCUACGCAUGCUGCGUCUGCGGGAAAACCUUCCGGCAGAAGUCACAUCUCAUCAGGCACGAGAAGAUGCACAUGGGAGACAAAGUCUACCCCUGUUGAGACUUGCCGAAAAGCCACCGGCUGGGGUUCCAGGUUAGCACAGGAUACGUGUGUUCUCCCUGCCAAGGAGAGAUCCCAGCUAAAAUUCUGUCAGGCCCUGUAGUCUCAGAAGAAAGAAGGAAAAGCAAACGAGGAAUUGGAAGGACAGCGAUUUGGGACUCGAAACAAAUUCGUUUAAGCCUGCUUUGUAAAUCUUUUGCAAUUUUUCUUUUUUCUAAUAAAAAGAAAACCAAAGUAGAUC